AUGGCACAGUCAGUGCUGGUACCCCCAGGACCUGACAGUUUCCGCUACUUCACCAGAGAAUCUCUCGCCGCUAUCGAGCAACGCAUUGCAGAAGAGAAAGCCAAAAAUCCCAAACAAGAGAGGAAGGAUGAGGAUGAUGAAAAUGGCCCAAAGCCAAACAGUGACUUGGAAGCAGGAAAAUCCCUUCCAUUUAUUUACGGAGACAUUCCUCCGGGAAUGGUGUCCGAGCCCCUGGAGGACCUGGACCCGUACUAUAUCAAUAAAAAAACUUUUAUAGUAUUGAAUAGAGGAAAGGCAAUCUUUCGAUUCAGUGCCACCUCUGCCCUGUACAUUUUAACUCCUUUCAAUCCUGUUAGAAAAAUAGCUAUUAAGAUUUUGGUACAUUCCUUAUUCAGCAUGCUCAUUAUGUGCACUAUCCUGACCAACUGUGUGUUUAUGACCAUGAGUAACCCUCCGGAUUGGACAAAGAAUGUAGAGUACACAUUCACAGGAAUUUAUACCUUUGAAUCACUUAUAAAAAUUCUUGCAAGGGGCUUCUGUUUAGAAGGUUUCACAUUCCUCCGGGACCCUUGGAACUGGCUGGAUUUCACUGUCAUUACUUUUGCAUAUGUGACAGAGUUUGUGGACCUGGGCAAUGUCUCAGCACUGAGAACGUUCAGAGUUCUCCGAGCGUUGAAAACUAUUUCGGUCAUUCCAGGCCUGAAGACUAUUGUCGGGGCCCUGAUCCAGUCAGUGAAGAAGCUUUCGGAUGUAAUGAUCCUGACUGUGUUUUGUCUGAGUGUAUUUGCUCUAAUAGGCCUGCAGCUGUUCAUGGGUAACUUGAGAAAUAAAUGUUUGCAGUGGCCUCCGGACAAUUCUUCUUUUGAAAUAAAUGUUACUUCCUACUUUAAUAGCUCAUGGGAUGUGAAUGGUACCUAUCUGAAUAGAACUGUGAGCACAUUUAACUGGGAUGAAUACAUUGAUGAUAAAAGUCAUUUUUACACCCUGGAAGGACAAAAUGAUGCUCUUCUUUGUGGUAACAGCUCAGAUGCAGGCCAGUGUCCUGAAGGAUACGUGUGUGUGAAAGCCGGUCGGAACCCUAACUAUGGCUACACGAGCUUCGAUACCUUCAGCUGGGCCUUCUUGUCCCUGUUUCGACUGAUGACUCAGGACUUCUGGGAAAACCUUUACCAGCUGACCCUACGUGCGGCUGGCAAGACCUAUAUGAUAUUUUUUGUCCUGGUGAUCUUCCUGGGCUCCUUCUACCUUAUAAAUUUAAUUCUGGCUGUGGUCGCCAUGGCCUAUGAGGAACAGAAUCAGGCAACGCUCGAAGAGGCGGAACAGAAAGAGGCCGAAUUUCAGCAGAUGCUGGAGCAGCUGAAAAAGCAACAGGAAGAAGCUCAGGCUGCAGCGGCAGCGGCUGCAUCAGCUGACUCGAGAGAUUUCAGUGGAGCCGGGGGCGUAGGGGGUUUCUCGGAGAGUUCUUCAGCAGCAUCAAAACUGAGCUCAAAAAGUGCAAAAGAGAGGAGAAACCGAAGGAAAAAAAAGAAACAGAAGGAACAAUCUGGAGAAGAAGAGAAGGAGGAGGAGGAGGUCCGCAAAUCUGAAUCCGAAGACAGCAUCAGGAAGAAAGGUUUCCGUUUUUCCAUCGAAGGAAACAGGCUGACGUAUGAAAAGAGGUUUUCUUCUCCCCAUCAGUCUUUGCUGAGCAUCCGUGGCUCCCUCUUCUCUCCGAGGAGAAACAGCAGGACAAGCAUUUUCAGCUUCCGAGGUCGAGCAAAGGAUGUCGGCUCAGAAAAUGACUUUGCCGACGAUGAGCACAGCACUUUCGAAGACAACGACAGCAGGAGAGAUUCCCUCUUCGUCCCGCACAGACACGGAGAAAGGCGCCAUAGUAACGUUAGCCAGGCCAGCAGGUCGUCUCGGGUGCUGCCGGUGCUCCCAGUGAACGGGAAGAUGCACAGCUCUGUGGACUGUAAUGGGGUCGUUUCCCUGGUCGGUGGACCGUCCGCACUUACAUCACCCACAGGGCAACUCAUGCCAGAGGGUACCACUACAGAAACAGAAAUGAGAAAGAGACGGUCAAGUUCUUACCAUGUUUCCAUGGAUUUACUAGAAGAUCCUUCAGCAAGGCAAAGAGCAAUGAGUAUAGCCAGCAUAUUAACGAACACCAUGGAAGAACUUGAAGAAUCCAGACAGAAAUGCCCACCAUGUUGGUAUAAAUUCGCCAACAUGUGCUUGAUCUGGGACUGCUGGGAACCCUGGUUGAAAGUGAAGCACAUAGUCAAUCUGAUUGUGAUGGAUCCAUUUGUAGAUCUCGCCAUCACCAUCUGCAUUGUCUUAAACACCCUGUUCAUGGCCAUGGAGCAUUAUCCCAUGACUGAAGAAUUCAGUCAUGUACUUUCUGUGGGAAACCUGGUCUUUACUGGGAUCUUCACAGCAGAAAUGUUCCUGAAGAUAAUUGCCAUGGAUCCAUAUUACUAUUUCCAAGAGGGCUGGAAUAUCUUUGAUGGUUUUAUCGUCAGCCUUAGUUUAAUGGAGCUUGGGUUGGCUAACGUGGAAGGAUUAUCAGUUCUUCGCUCUUUCAGAUUGCUUCGAGUUUUUAAAUUGGCAAAAUCUUGGCCCACAUUGAAUAUGCUAAUAAAGAUAAUUGGCAACUCAGUGGGGGCUCUGGGAAACUUGACCUUGGUGCUGGCUAUCAUUGUCUUCAUCUUCGCCGUGGUCGGGAUGCAGCUCUUUGGGAAGAGCUACAAAGAAUGUGUCUGCAAGAUCUCCAGUGACUGUGAGCUCCCACGCUGGCACAUGUAUGACUUCUUCCACUCUUUCCUGAUUGUGUUCCGUGUUCUGUGUGGAGAGUGGAUAGAGACCAUGUGGGACUGUAUGGAAGUUGCUGGCCAGACCAUGUGCCUUACUGUCUUCAUGAUGGUCAUGGUGAUUGGAAAUCUGGUGGUUCUGAACCUGUUUCUGGCCUUGCUUCUGAGCUCUUUCAGUUCAGACAACCUUGCUGCGACCGAUGAUGAUAAUGAAAUGAACAAUCUCCAGAUUGCAGUGGGAAGGAUGCAGAAGGGGAUAGAUUACGUGAAAAGAAAAUUACGGGAAUUUGUGCAGAAAGCUUUUGUAAGAAAGCAGAAAGCUAUAGAUGAAAUCAAACCACUUGAAGAUCUCAACAACAAGAAAGACAGCUGCAUUUCCAAUCAUACCACAGCAGAAAUAGGGAAAGACCUUAAUUAUCUCAAAGAUGGGAAUGGAACGACCAGUGGCAUAGGCAGCAGCGUGGAAAAGUAUGUGAUAGAUGAAAGUGAUUACAUGUCAUUCAUAAAUAACCCCAGUCUCACGGUGACUGUACCAAUUGCCGUUGGGGAAUCUGACUUUGAGAAUUUAAAUACAGAAGAGUUCAGCAGUGAAUCGGAUCUGGAAGAAAGCAAAGAGAAGCUAAAUGCAUCCAGUUCAUCAGAAGGCAGCACUGUUGAUAUAGGAGUCCCUGCAGAAGGUGAACAGCCAGAAGCUGAGCCUGAAGAAGCCCUUGAACCAGAAGCCUGUUUCACUGAAGGCUGUGUGAGGAAAUUCAAGUGUUGUCAAGUAAGCAUAGAAGAAGGCAAAGGGAAACUGUGGUGGAAUCUGAGAAAAACCUGCUACAGGAUAGUGGAACACAAUUGGUUUGAGACCUUCAUUGUCUUCAUGAUUCUCCUAAGCAGUGGUGCUCUGGCUUUUGAAGACAUAUACAUUGAACAGCGGAAGACCAUUAAAACGAUGUUGGAAUAUGCUGACAAAGUGUUCACGUACAUCUUUAUUCUGGAAAUGCUUUUGAAAUGGGUAGCAUAUGGUUUUCAGAUGUAUUUUACCAAUGCCUGGUGCUGGUUGGAUUUCCUCAUUGUUGACGUUUCUUUGGUUAGUUUAACGGCCAAUGCUUUGGGCUACUCAGAACUUGGUGCCAUCAAAUCCCUCAGGACAUUAAGAGCUUUAAGACCUCUAAGAGCCUUAUCAAGAUUUGAAGGGAUGAGGGUGGUUGUGAAUGCUCUUUUAGGAGCAAUUCCAUCUAUCAUGAAUGUGCUUCUGGUUUGUCUCAUAUUCUGGCUAAUAUUCAGUAUUAUGGGAGUGAACCUCUUUGCUGGAAAGUUUUACCACUGUAUUAACUUCACCACUGGCGAGAUGUUUGACGUUAGUGUAGUCAACAAUUAUAGUGAAUGCAAGAGUCUCAUAGACAACAAUCAAACUGCCCGAUGGAAAAAUGUGAAAGUAAACUUUGAUAAUGUUGGACUUGGCUAUCUUUCUCUGCUUCAAGUGGCCACAUUUAAAGGAUGGAUGGACAUCAUGUAUGCAGCUGUUGAUUCACGAAAUGUGGAAUGGCAACCCAAGUAUGAAGACAACCUGUACAUGUAUCUUUAUUUUGUCAUCUUUAUCAUCUUUGGGUCAUUUUUCACACUGAACUUGUUCAUUGGUGUCAUCAUAGAUAACUUCAACCAACAGAAAAAGAAGUUUGGAGGUCAAGACAUCUUUAUGACAGAAGAACAGAAAAAAUACUACAAUGCAAUGAAAAAACUGGGAUCUAAGAAACCACAAAAACCUAUACCUCGGCCUGCGAAUAAAUUCCAGGGAAUGGUUUUUGAUUUUGUAACCAGACAAGUCUUUGAUAUCAGUAUCAUGAUCCUCAUCUGCCUUAACAUGGUCACCAUGAUGGUAGAAACAGAUGACCAGAGUCAAGAAAUGACUAACAUUUUGUACUGGAUUAACCUGGUGUUCAUCGUUCUGUUCACGGGAGAAUGUGUGCUGAAGCUGAUCUCUCUCCGCUAUUAUUACUUCACCAUUGGCUGGAACAUCUUUGACUUUGUGGUUGUCAUUCUCUCCAUUGUAGGGAUGUUUCUAGCCGAGCUGAUAGAAAAAUAUUUUGUGUCCCCGACCCUGUUCCGAGUGAUCCGUCUGGCCAGGAUCGGCCGGAUCCUGCGGCUCAUCAAAGGAGCCAAGGGGAUCCGCACGCUGCUCUUUGCCCUGAUGAUGUCUCUUCCUGCCUUGUUCAACAUCGGCCUCCUGCUCUUCCUGGUCAUGUUCAUCUACGCCAUCUUCGGCAUGUCCAACUUCGCCUACGUCAAGAGGGAAGUUGGGAUCGACGACAUGUUCAACUUCGAAACCUUCGGCAACAGCAUGAUCUGCCUGUUCCAAAUCACCACCUCCGCCGGGUGGGACGGUUUGCUGGCGCCAAUCUUGAACAGCGGACCCCCAGACUGUGACCCUGAGAAAGAUCACCCCGGAAGCUCAGUCAAAGGCGACUGUGGCAAUCCCUCUGUUGGGAUUUUCUUUUUCGUCAGUUACAUCAUCAUAUCGUUUCUGGUGGUGGUGAACAUGUACAUCGCUGUCAUCCUGGAGAACUUCAGCGUGGCCACCGAAGAAAGCGCCGAGCCCCUGAGCGAGGAUGACUUUGAGAUGUUCUAUGAGGUGUGGGAGAAGUUUGACCCCGACGCAACCCAGUUCAUAGAGUACAGUAAGCUCUCUGACUUUGCCGCGGCUCUGGAUCCCCCACUUCUCAUAGCCAAACCGAACAAGGUCCAGCUCAUCGCCAUGGACCUGCCCAUGGUCAGCGGGGACCGGAUCCACUGCCUCGACAUCUUAUUCGCUUUCACCAAGCGCGUUCUGGGGGAGAGUGGGGAGAUGGACGCCCUCCGCAUACAGAUGGAAGAGCGGUUCAUGGCGUCCAAUCCCUCUAAAGUCUCCUAUGAGCCGAUCACAACUACCCUGAAACGAAAACAAGAGGAGGUGUCUGCUAUUAUUAUUCAGCGAGCUUACAGACGUUACCUCUUGAGGCAAAAAGUUAAGAAGGCUUCUUGUACAUAUAAAAAAGACAAAAGUAAAGAAGGGGAUGGACUGCCUAUCAAAGAAGAGAUGAUCAUUGAUAAACUCCAUGAAAAUUCCACACCAGAGAAAACAGACGUGACCCCCUCCACCACCUCUCCACCUUCCUAUGACAGUGUGACAAAGCCAGAAAAAGAAAAAUAUGAAAAAGACAAAACAGAAAAGGAAGACAAAGGGAAAGACGUCAGGGAAAGCAAAAAGUAAAAAAGAAACAAAGAAUUCCAUUUUGUGAUCAAUUGUUUACAGCCUGAGAAGGUGAUGGAUUUUUUUUGUUUUGUUUUGUCAAUGGGGCACUCCCCUGGGAGAUCUUUGCCAAACUGACUGUUUUUACAAACAUACUUAAGGUCAGUGCCUAUAACGAGGCAGCGACCCCCUCGUCAGCAAACUGUUACCCUCCGGAACAGGGUAGCGACUUUGACAGGGGGUUGCUGUUUUCACUACCAGCUGACACUGCUGAAGAGGAGAGACAAAAUGGCUACUCAGACUGUAGGGACCAGUUAAAGAGGUGAAAAACUAAAAUUUUGUGUAUGUUUAACAUAUGACUCUUGACUAUGUAAUUGUAUCCACGGUUUGCUUUUCGACUGCUACAUCCGCCAUAUUUUUACAAACUCUGUGUUGGUGAACUUAUCAUUUUUUUAAUUCACAGGUUGUUUACUAUUAUAUGUGACUAUUUUUGUAAAUGGGUUUUAUGUUGGGGAACGGGUUCAAGGGAGGGGAGGCGAUGAAUCGCUGAUGUACAGACAGAAACAAUUUGCAUGAAGGCAUGCUGCACUUAUUGAUCAUGCACGGAAAAUCAUAGCAUCACAAAAAGAAACAGUUACAGUACUUUAUGUUUAGGGAAUGUCUCUAAAUUUUGAGGUGCAUAACAGCUAUUCAUAUUUCAAAGUGUCUAAUCCAGACAAAUCUUAAUGUGCCUGUAAAAGUCUUAUAGGAUCUACAAGAUUGAAGAGUUAUUUAAUUUUUACAUAAUCCAUUCAUUCUGUUAAGUUGGUACAAUUGCUAUUAAAAGUUCCGGCAGCACGAAUUUUCACUUUUGGUUUAAGUGUCCUUCGACAGCACAUGAAGCUACUCUAACGGAUCUGCUCCAGAAUUUCGAAUUGACCAAAAACCCUUUAGAAAGUUAAUUCUGCUCCCUCCUGCAGUAUUGUUUAGCCAUUUUCUGCUCUCAGCAAAGUUGACAUAGUAUUUGUCAAUUUGAAAAAUCGUCUGCUAUGUAAAUAGUUAUUUUACCCUGUGGUGCAUGUUUGAGCAAAAAAAAAAAAGGAAAUAAAUAAAUAAUGACCUGAGCACAGUAUUUAUUGCGUCAAAUAUGUACCACGAUACGUGUCGUUUGCAAGCUUUCAGCAGGUAAUAAGAUGUAAAUCAGUACCAUUAUAAAUAGUUGGGAGGCAAACACUGAUGCAUGUUCCUCUUGCCUGGGCUGCUGUACCUAAACUCCUUCCACUGUUCAGAAGUCUAAUAUGGGAAGCCAUAGAUGUCAGUGGUAAAGUGAAACAAAUCUGUUCAACCGAGACCUCAUUUCUUCAUGUCAUUAAGCAAUAGUUUGCAGCAAUUUAAGAGUUCCUCGCUUUGCAUUCUGAAAUUUUAAGUGCAUACUGUACAGGGUAUAGCCAGACUGUACAGAUAAGUUGCAAGCUGCUUAAAUCUGUUGAAAAUAUAUGGUUAGAGUUUUCUAAGAAAGUAUAAAUACUGUAAAAAGGUCAUUUUAUUUUAUUUUUCAGCAUUUUGUACAUAAAAUGAGAAAUGAAAAUUAUCUUCAGGUCGAUGUCACGGUCACUUUUGUUACUUUCUGUCCAUAGCACUUUUUAAAUUGAAGAACAUCACAAAAUAAGGAAUAAAGACCAGGAUGAGUCGUCUUAGGUUUCUGCUUUUUUAUUAGUACUGUAUAUUUGCACACAUUUCAAUGUGAAAUAAAUCUCAAACUGAGUCCAAAAUUCACUGGCUUCCAAGUAGUUAUAUCUUGUCAUGGACAGGGGGAUUGGGGAAAGCUAAUUUGCAUUCCUAGCACUGCCUGCAUCAAAAGUUUCAACAUCAGUCUUCUUGAUUCAUGGGACCGUUGAUCUUUUCCAUCAUCUGCUUAUGCAGACUACUCUUUUUCUUGUCGGUUCAUGCUGCACUAGAACUGUUCUAGAUAUGAUGUGGGAGCCACAGUCUUUUUCACGAGAACCAAGUAUAGAAACUGUGUUAUACGUCACAUUGGGAGAUUUUGUGUCCCUUACACGAGCAAAAGUUAAAUGUAGACUUCUUUUACUAAAGCUAUUGACUUGUUGUGUGUUGGUGAACUGCAUGCAGGAAAAUGCUAUUACCAUAAAGAACGGUAAACCACAUUACAAUCAAGCCAAAAGAAUAAAGAUUCCUUUUUAUCGUAUUGUUCUGUCUUCGAAAAUUAAUGAAGUUAAAAGGUAGAUUUCUAUGACAUAAAAUGGUCUAUUAGAGAAAAUAAAUGUAAAAGAGACUAAAAUUCAAGAUAAUAGUUCAUCUUUUAAAAUUUCUCAUGGAAAAUAAAGUCAAUUACCUAAUGGGAGGGCUGUAUUGAAUAUCUAAUUUGGCCGAAUACCAGGAAAUGGUAUUGGGUGGAGUGAUGGAAAGUUACGUAAAUUAAUAAAAAUUUUACUAACCUUGUAA